CCAGCACUCACAGCACACAAGAUGACUUAAAAAAAUACAGAUAUUGUCAACCAACGUCGUCUUCAAUAGUAACGCCGUUACACACCAUGAACACUGUUGUCUUCUUUAAAACACUGUUGGGACUGAACAGUUAAAAAAAGAAAAAGAAGAGAGACCCCAGUGUUUCACUUAACGGCGGCUGUGUCGGUCGGAUGACACCAGCAAAAGAGCUGCGCCGCCAGUGGAAUAUAUAAGGCAUUCCUAUCCAUCCCUCUCUCCACCCCCCCCCCCCUCCUCCUCUGACUCCUGGGGCUGUAAAGAAGCUGGAGCUGUGUAGACCCUGGAGAGGCCCUCCCCGUCUCACUCUUCCCCACCGCUGCUCUCUCCUCUGCACACUCAGACUCUGCUGCUGCUCUUUAUGUCGCUGAAAGGCACCAGGGAGACACUCAGAUGAUCCAUUGGGCCAUCUUCAACCACAUCGUCCAUACAGCCCAAGACAGGGAAGACUAACUACUGCAAGUGUGAGGGACCCCUUGGAGGGUGCUGUGAGUACCCUGCGAGGCCUGCCCUCCCGCCAAGCUUGGCAGAAAGCUUGGCUUGCCCCUUCACUCCUCCAGUCCCCGAGAUGCCCUCUCCUCCCAAUGAAGGAGAGGAUCAAGGAGCGUCCCCCGUGAACAGGCCAUCUGUGGGCUCCUUCCAGAGCAGUGGGAAGAGGAAGGUGCGCAACAAAAAGAAGAAAGGCGCCAUCGCCGCCAAUGUGACUGGCACCAAAUAUGAGAUUGUUCGUAUAGUCAUCAACGAGGUGGACUUCAUCAAGACCCGGGAAGAUGACGAGACGGCCAACCUCAUCUGGAGUGACUCGGCCGUGCAGCAUGAGAAAAUCGCUGAGCUCAGGAAUUAUCAGAGAAUUAACCAUUUCCCUGGCAUGGGCGAAAUCUGCCGGAAAGACUGCCUCGCAAGAAACAUGUCCAAAAUGAUCAAGUGCCAGCCUCAAGAGUACAGCUUCAUACCCAAAACCUGGAUCUUCCCUGCCGAGUACACACAGUUCCAGAACUAUGUCAAGGAGCUACGCAGGAAACGCAAGCAGAAGACCUUUAUUGUCAAACCCGCCAACGGAGCCAUGGGUCACGGGAUCUCGCUUAUCCGUAACUGUGAGAAGCUGCCAGCCCAGGAGCACUUUAUCGUUCAGGAGUACCUGGACAAGCCCUUCCUGAUGGAGGGCUACAAGUUUGACCUGCGCAUCUACAUCCUUGUCACUUCCUGCAACCCACUUCGGAUUUUUCUCUACAAUGACGGCCUGGUUCGCAUGGGCACAGAGAAAUACCACGCACCCAGUGAGGCCAACCUGAGCCAGCUCUACAUGCAUCUGACCAACUACUCAGUCAACAAACACAAUGAGAACUUUGAGCGAGACGAGACGGUGGACAAAGGCAGUAAGAGGUCCAUCAGUUGGUUCACCGAGUUCCUCCGCGCCAACGACUACGACGUGGCCAAGUUCUGGGGAGACGUCUCUGAGCUGGUGGUGAAGACCAUAAUAGUGGCUGAGCCCCACGUGCUGCAUGCCUAUCGCAUGUGUCGCCCCGGCCAGCCACCAGGGAGCGACAGCGUCUGCUUUGAGGUCCUGGGCUUUGACAUCAUCCUGGAUCGCAAACUCAAACCGUGGCUACUGGAGAUCAAUCGAGCGCCGAGCUUUGGGACCGAUCAGAAGAUUGAUUACGACGUGAAGAAAGGGGUGCUGCUUAAUGCUUUCAAACUCCUCAACAUGCGAGCCAGUGAUAAGAAACGUAACCUAGCCCAGCAAAAGGCGGAGGCUCAGCGACGGCUCUAUGGACACGGCUCCAUGAAGAAACUCUCGGCUGCCUCCUCAGACUGGGAGAAACAACGUCACACAUUGGAGCGUAGGAGGGAAGAGCUGAAAGAGCGACUAGGACAGGUCCGAAAGCAGAUCUCUAGAGAGGAGCAUGAAAAGCAACAUCUGGGGAACUACAGACGUAUUUACCCCCCAGACGACAAGCUGCUGUUGGAGAAGUAUGAAAGCCUGCUCUCGGCCGCCUUUCAGACCUUCCUUGCCCGGCGAGCUGCCUCACUUCAAAAGGAAAUGAAUAAUCCUCUGAAACGAAUGAAGGAGGAGGACAUCUUGGAUCUGCUGGAGAAAUGUGAACUGGACGACGAGAAGCUGAUGGGCAAAUCCUCCAGGCAACGAGGCCCUAAGCCAAUGACCGCCAUGCCAGAAUGCAGUCAGACACCAAGACGCCAACGACCGGACUACCUGGCCGACUUCAUGAGCGGCAGCAGCGCCGAUAACACCUGCUCUUCCUCAGAAGAAGAAGAAGAAGAAGAAGAAGAAGAAGAAGAGGAGGAGAGGAGGAAAGCAGAAGUAGGAGGAGGCGGAGACAAGAGGGAGAAGAAAGUUUCCUACGACCUUGGAGAGAGCAAGGAGAAGAACUCGGCUGAACGCUCAGGUCGCAUGCACUGGAAACCUCCAAUCAAGUCACCCAAAACCAGCCCUGCUCCCUCUGCUUCCCCAACACUUUCUGGUCCAAUCAGGCGCUCCAUCUCCUGCCCGCGCUCCAUCGUCUCCCUCUUAUCGCCCAAUGAGGUGCGGGCGUUGUCUUCCAAGCCUUCUCCCACAGUUCCCAUGGCCACUCCUCUUGUCAGGCCGAGUUCCGCCACGCUGCGCUCUCACUCUCUGAGCCGCAGCGGCUCCACCCACCGCGUGCCUCACAGCAACAGCCUGGGCACCAUCCACUCCAUUUUAGGCGAUCCGCUGAUAAACCUGAGGAGUAAAGAGCAGGAAGCUGAGCUGGUGCGUCAGACUCUGGCUGCGCUCACCGCCAUGAGGAUCAGGUUUCCGGGCAAAACCGAGGAGGAGGCUGAGGCUGUGCUGGAUGAGAUCCUGGACAACUGGAAAUACCAUAAAUCAAAAGUGGCCUCCUAUUGGUUAGUGAAGCUGGACUCGACCAAACAGCGAAAGGUGUUGGACAUUGUUCGUACGAAUGUACGCUCAGUGAUGCAAAGGAUCUGGAGGGAGCCGGAUGUAGAAAGUCUCCACGUCUACCGGCUCUUUAACCGCAUCUUCAACCGGCUGCUCUGGAGUCACGGCCAGGGCCUGUGGAACUGCUACUCCAACACUGGUUCAUCGUGGGAGACCAUCUUCAGUAAGAGCAGCGAGGUGGUGUUACCCCAGGAGCUGCUGUGCUGCCGCCGGUUGGUCCAGCUGUGCCGAGACUGCCUGCUGGUCGUCUACAAGUUUGUCUCAGAGUCCCGUGGCUCUUUGACCGGACUCAGCCCGGAGUGGGACGACACCAGGUACUGGAACGCUGUUAGCAGGAGCUGCCUCACUGCUCUGUCUCGGUGGAAGGUGUCAUAGAAAAGUCUUAGAAAGGUACUGACGCCUCUGCCUCGGAAUGAUAGGUAUCUGCUGCCAGUGACCUCCCAGUUCAUCAUGAAGUGGCCUUCGUCCAGCUUUGGCCGCAUCUCUUUGACAGUGCCACGGUCACGCAGCCUAUUCGCCGCCAGGAUGGGCCACUUCUGAGGCUCCCGACACCUUGCCUUUUGACCUCAACCUCCCUCCUCCGACUCUCCCCCAGCCAAACUCCGAUCUCAGCAAGUCUGUUACAGAUCUGAAGUCGAGGCAGCUCUGAAAACCGUCCGGAGCCUCAACCUGGCCACUUCCCCCUGUGGCAGACCAACAAAGAAGGGCCAGAUGAUUAUGGAUUGCUAAAGGGCCUUGUUCGUUUUAAAUUAGCCUGGACCGGCCUAGACCAGCAGACCACCGGUACCCUCAAGCCUCACCUUUAGCCCCAGUAACACCAGACAAUGGGUUUGUAAUUGCUGUACUAUAGCUACUGUACUGUACAAGUAAAAACAAAAAACAAAUACUUAACAAUGCAAGGAUUAUUUAUUUAUAUACUUACUUAUUUUGUAAGGUAUUCCAUGAAUGCAGUGAAUGCUGAUGCAGAAUGCAGAUAUGGAAUGAUCAACAAACUUGUUUGAUGUAUGGAUGUAAACAAAAAAAAGAAAAACAAAAAAACUUAUUUUAGUUAUUUUGAAUUUGAUUUGAUUCAUAAUUUAUAUCGACGGCUUUAUGUUUGUAAAUGUUUCAACAGUCACUUUAUGUUCCAGUUUUUCCAGUGGAGAGAUGGUGCCCGGAGAAUUCAAAAUGUUUUUGAAUUUGCAAACGUCUGUUUUACCUGAGCGGUAUGGAGUGCAGCAUUAUUAAGCAGCACAAUGUUUAGAGAUUCAAUGUAGUAAAACCGAGCCUCUUUGCCUCAGAAUGAGCUAACUUUGACGCCACGACGCAAAGAGCCAAACUGAGGAGAGCACCCAGUUCCUAAUAUGCACUUUGCAGUAUGUCACAGAAAGAGAAAGUUGGGUGCACAUAACAGUCGUGGUUGCAUGCCUAGAGUUUUAGUCCCUCACCCAGAUGAGGAGGAGCUGCGUUUGGAAAAUACUUGAAGUUUUGUGUUGUUGUUUUUUUGUUGUCAUAAUUGUGUCUUCGUAGCGGCUUCACGAAGAAGGGUACACUUCACUUUUAGAUUUGUACUCUGGAGUACGGACGUGUCAAAGAUAAUAAGGAAGUGUCACAUCACUUUCAGACUGUGGCAUGUUGAUUGACUCGGAUCGUCAGCUCAAAUGUUCUGUACUGUGACGGCAGCGAUUUCCCUGGGUCGAGCAGCCGCAGCCUUUUCUCCCAACGCAUGGUCGGUACAGUUGCCGGGCAGAUCAUGGAUAAGCACACGUACAUCAUGUGUUCAGUUUUAGUUAGGGUUUGUAUGUCAUGAAACCCUGUAGCACCUCAGUUAAAUGUGGUAUUAAAUAUUGAUAGGGAGAAACGCAGCGUUACACGUUUAGUAGUUUUCUUGGCUCUGUGCGACCCAAUGAGAGGACACUGGACUUAAAGAAGACGUGUGCGAUACAGCACAUUGUGAAUUUUAUACAUCAACCCUGACUAACAAGUGUUGCAGCAAUGCUGUGCUAAAUCUGCUCACAUUUAAUUCCCAUACACUGAACAUCACUGCCAAAUAUUUUUAUUUUGCCUAAUUUUAUUUGUGUUAUUUAAGAGUAGUACUUUUUCAUUAAAGGUAUGAUAUUUUUAAUUUUACAUAGCAAUAAAAUGUUUAAACAAACGCA